AUGCAAACACAGCCGUUACAUUCAUCGUUUCAUGGUGCUUAUUCAGAGAUAACACGCUCAAUGCUCUACACUUCAUCAGAUCUAAACCAAUCUAUCCCAGUCAUCCAAUCCUUACUUGAUCUAAAUUACGACCAGCUGUUUUUUCCCAGAUGCAACCUAAAUUUAUCGUCUGACUCUGGUACACGGGCGAAAGAUCAAUCGGACCAUCUAGUAGCUGGUUCCUCUGAAGUUUCCCUCAGGAGAGCUGGAGUACAUAAUGAAGCAGUUAUAUUUGGUAAAGAGAAUGAUUAG